CAUCGGAAUGUAUAAUAUUGAAAAAUAGAGAAAUGCACUUCAAAACAAGGCUUCAUUUUCUAUAAUUCUCCGCAGAAAAACAAGACCCAUAACUUCGAUCAAACUCCUAACUUCAUGAAGCUUCUUCCCUAGUAAUCCUUCUCCCUCUCAUCUUCCAUUCUUCAUGGACUCAACGAGCUCCAACCGGCCCUCCAUGCGGGUCUUGACCCGCCCACCUGCCCCUGCACCCGCACCAAUACCCACUUCUACUCCAGAUGCUCAACCAUCUUCUCAAUCACAGCCUCGCUCUCUAGAAGGCGUAGUAGUUGUUGGAUUUAUUUCGCGGAGCCCCGACUGCUGUUCUCAGCUCAUUAACCGUGUUCUUGACUCCAACACAUUUGGGUCGGGUAACAUCGACAAACUACUGUUUAUUGAUAAAGACGAACUGAGAGAUUGGUUCAACUGGAGGAGAAUAAGUUAUUACCAUGAAGAGGAUAAAGGAAUCUUGUUCUUGCAGUUUUGUUCAACCCGGUGCCCAGCUGUUCAUGGGUCUUCCGGUACGGGUUCCGGGUUUGACUCCGCUUUAGAAGAGCGGGAGUUUGAGGAGCUUCAGGGGUUGCUUUUCAUGUUCUCUGUGUGCCAUGUAAUUAUUUAUAUUCAGGAGAUGUCACGCUUCGACCCUCAUAUUUUGAAAAAGUUUAGGGUGUUACAAGCAUCCAAGCAUGCAUUAGCUCCAUAUCUAAGAUCCAGGACUGCCCUACCAUUGCCAUCUAGGUCUCAUUCUUCUUCAUCUUCCUCUAGGCCAACCCCUUCUACCAGUUCCUCUCCAGGGAGAAGUGGUGGAGUCAUGAGUCAUAAUGCUUCUGCUAUCUCUCUCAUGUCAGGUUUAGGUUCCUACACAUCGUUGUUUCCUGGACAUUGUACUCCAGUCAUACUCUUUGUCUUUGUUGAUGAUUUUUUUGAUAUACCUAAUCCUAAUUCUAACACUGAGGAAUCAAAAGAUGUCUCCUCACUUAAUCAGUCUUCUAGUUUGACUAGUGUAUCUAGACCGAGCUUACCUACUAAGAGUUCUGGUUCAGUUGUUGUGCUAGCACGCCCUGUUAGUAAAUCUGAAGGUGGUUUCAGGAAGAAACUGCAGUCAUCUCUUGAAGCACAGAUUCGUUUUCUCAUUAAGAAGUGCCGAACGCUCUCAGGUUCUGAAAGUGGUCAUGCUGGUUCUAGAAGUGGAGGUGGUUCAAGUUCUACACCUUUGUUUUCACUUGACGCAUCAAGGGCGGUUGUGCUGCUUGACAGGUUGAUAAAUCAGAAAGGAGAAGCUCUAGAGUUUGCUACCGACCUUGUGGAAGAUGUUUUGAGUGGAAAAGCAACCUCAGAUUCACUUUUACUUGAAAGCCAUGGUCAGAAUGCAAACAAGGAGGACAUCUUAUCCAUAAAGGAGUUCAUUUAUAGACAGUCUGAUAUUCUGAGAGGUAAAGGGGGGCUGGUCACUGGCAGUAACAGUGGUCCAGCAGCUGGUGUAGGUAUGGUUGCUGUUGCUGCAGCUGCUGCUGCAGCCUCAGCUGCAUCUGGAAAGACAUAUACUACUCCUGAACUUCCGAGUUUGGAAACAUGGUUGUCAUCAAGCCAACUUAUUCUACUUGGAAUUCUCUCCGCCAAACGUGGGAGUGUAGAUGAAACUGAAGCUGGUAAAAGGAAACCUCGACAACGAAACUUUGGUCCAACCCAAGUUGAAGGGUUUGCUGCACGAGGUAUGGACCCUGUAGAUGUUGCAGUUUCUUUGUUGGAUAGUGGCAGAGGACUGAACACAAAAUUUUCGACUUUAUGGUGUGAAAGGACCCUUUCAACUGCCAAGGAUGUUUAUCUGAAGGACUUACCUGCUUGUUAUCCCACAUCAGAGCACAAGGCCCAUUUAGAAAAGGCUUUAAGUGCUUUCCACUCAAUGGUCAGAGGAUCUGCAGUCCCGCUUUUUGCAAAAAUGCUGGAGGAUGAAUGCAUGUCCAUUUGGAAAUCUGGUAGACAACUAUGUGAUGCUAUUAGUUUGACAGGAAAACCAUGUAUGCACCAGAGACAUGAUAUUGGUAGUGAUAAGCAAGAGUCACCUACAGGAGCCCCAGUGAAGCCCCAUUCAAGUGGAUAUUUUUUCCUUCAUGCUUGUGCCUGUGGUCGCACACGUCAGUUACGCCCGGAUCCUUUUGACUUUGACGCAGCAAAUGUUACUUCUAAUUGCUUUCAAGACUGUGACAAACUACUUCCUGCAGUCCAAUUACCUGAGCAAAGCAAUGCUGGACCUGUGCAGUCAACCUCUUGGAGUUUGAUUCGUGUUGGGGGGGCAAGGUAUUAUGAACCGUCUAAGGGCUUGCUACAGAGUGGAUUUUCUGCCUCACAAAAGUUUCUCUUGAAAUGGACAAUAGUUUUGGAGAAACCAGUGAACUCAAAUGGUUUGCCUGCCAAAACUAAAAGACAAAAUUCUGUGAGGCAAAGUACAGAUCCCCAGGUUGAAAUUGAUGCUGAGAUAGAUAGAAAGAAAGUUGGUUCCACUCAGUUGUACUCAGGAGAUCUACAGUCUGGGGUUGAAAAUCAAAGGAAACUCUCGGAAUACAGCAAGAUUGAUGAUAAAAAAGUUAGUUUUGGUAGAAUGAUACCAAAUUUAACGAUGAGAAAACCUUUUUCUGAGGUAGUUGCUGGAUCAUCAACUGCUGAUUCAGGAUUUCCCCCACUCCAGCAAACAAAACAGCCAUCAUCAGGGUCAGAGAGAGGUUUCAAACAAAAUAACAUAAGAGAUAGGAACAUAGAACAGGUUAUGAAUGUUGAUCAAGGAUCUCAAAAGUUUGAGGAUAUCUUACCUGGUCGUGAAAGCUUAAAUGUAAUGUCUAGCAGUGGUGGUGCACAUGAUGACCCUUAUGUGCAAAUUGGGAGUAAUGUAGUUCCUGUGAGCAUUAAUGGUGGUGAAAUGGUUAAACUGGAUCCCAAUUUGAAACAUUCAGUUGUUUAUGUUGGUCUUGAGCAUGAGUGUCCGCAUGGCCACCGUUUUUUGUUAAGUCUGGAUCACCUUGAUGAGCUAGGAUCCCCAUAUUCUUUUCCUAAAGAUUCUCAAGUCCCUUCUGUGGAAACAUCAGACCAUAAUCUGGCAAAUACUUCAAACGUGGGUAAGAAUGGUGGUCAUGGCAGAGCUCAUAGGAGCUCAAAGGGUGCACAUGUUGCUGCCAUGAGUAAGGUUCGCAAUGUGGAUAAGUCAAAAGAAAAAAGGGUGAACAGUGGUCUAUAUGUUGAUGCGUUGACACCAUUCUCCAGAGCAGGGAAGGAAUGGAAUCAAACAUCUACAAACGAACCAACAUAUAUAGAUUCUGUAAAAAAUCUUGAAGCAGGUUUCCAUUCUAUUAGCCUCGAUGAUGGUGGAAGUGCUUUCUCCAUGUUGAAUAGAAAUUUACCAGUAUACAUGAACUGUCCAUACUGCAAGCAUUCCAAGAACAAGAAGGAUCUACAAAAGAUUAAGUUUGCUGGUACAGUAUCGCAGUUGCAAAGGAUUUUUUUGGUCACACCUCCAUUUCCAGUUGUAUUAGCAACAUGCCCUGUUGUACAAUUUGAGGCGUCAUGCUUGCCGCCAUCAAUUGCAGACCGUGAACAAAAGUUGCAGUUUAGUCUUGGAUGUCGAGUGGUCCUACCGCCAGAAAGUUUCCUUACGCUAAGACUACCAUUUGUGUAUGGUGUGCAACUAGAGGAUGGGAAGACACUUCCUCUUAAUGCUUUAGAACAUCAACCAGAAAUGACUGCUUGGAUUAUUAAGGGCACAACAUUGCUGGUCAUUUCUAAGGGAAGCAGUCUCAAUGAGGAAACUCUGACAUAGUCAAGAAUUCUGAACUCUGAAAUUUGGCCAUGAUGGUGAUCCAUGCCUCUUUGAGUUCAUAGAAGCAGAUUUCUGUGUCCAGCUUUUCCUUGACUAAGCUCAAGAUUCUAAGGGGUUGUUGUGAGAGUCAUAAAAUUGUAUUUGGUGAUCAAGCUGUGACCAGAGAGUGGAGAUGUUGGGAGGAUUCUGCUGUUUCCAGGUGGCGGUUUGUUUCUAAUGGAGACUCCUAUUGCCAUGGCAUGUGCUUGAAUCCAGCCUUGCGAUCACAAGUACCCCUAAGGUGUUCAUAGCCAUGGAAAUUGGUUGCAUAGGCGAGGAUGGAACUCAAUUGGUGAUCCUAUUUCCAAUGAGGUUCGCUGUUCAAGUUUGCCAUGGUUGAAAAAGAUCCCAAUAAUAAUACAAGGGUUCCUUUACAAGGACCUUAAUAUUUACAAUCCUUAAACUGUUGUUUUCAUCGUCAAUACUUGCAUGGAUAGACCAUCUGCUAUUCGUUGAAGUGACUGGAGAUAUUGCAGUAGAAGUAGAGUUUCAUAGAUGCAGAAUCCCAGUUGUUUUGUUCUUACUGAUUCAAAGAAAUGAUAAAUAUCAUGAGAUAGGCAAAAGUCUCCACCUACAACCUGCAAUUUAAAGAGACAAUUAAUUUAUAUGUGGUCUUGUUAAUUACA